AUGCCUGCAGUGUGCCAGCAGCCAUUUGAAGUUUCCACUACGGAGGUGCCGGGCGGCCGCACACCCCGUCUGUUGCAAUGUCCUUCUUCCGAACCCACUUAUCGCUACCUCCAUUACUUUGACCUUUUCGUUCGAAAAAAUACCUUCAACACAUGGUAUCCAUCAUAUGACACUGACAUCAGAAAACUUUUGGGCACUGAACCCGAAAGUCCCUUGGUCCAGGCCGUUCUGGCCGUUGGCGCCCUGGAGUCUUCCAAGUCCUCUGCCACGAGCCCUAUCGAUGUGUCAUAUCAUCGGUCUGACAGUCGUUAUGCCCUAAUGUCGUAUUCUGGCUCGAUGGCGGCACUUCGAGAUGCUAUAAACCUCCCCGGGGUUCCUUCACGGAUCCAGGUGCUUUGGACCACGCUCUUGCUGGGACUGUUCGAGCUAAUGCACGACUCAACUGGAAGCGGGUGGGUGAAGCACAUGGUUCAUGGAACAUCAAGAGCUAUGGAGGCUGCCGGCCCAGUCUUGUUUCGGUCAGGACUGGGUAGAGGCUUUUUCCUCCAAGCAAGAAUGUUCGAAGUAUGCCGGGCUGUUGUCUUUAAUGAAAGCACGUUUUUGACAACUCCUGGUUGGGUGGCUUUAUCGAGUGAGUCGUGGACUGGUAACGGCAGUUGGGAAUGGAGUCCGCUGGAUGGUCUCUUGGACGCGAUUUCCAUGUGCUCAAAGCUUUGCGUACAAAGCGGAAACCUCCUAGACAAUCUGGACCAGCUCGGUGCCGUCAAGGUAAGCGAGUUGGCCAAUGAUCUGGCCCUAGAAGGCCACCGCCUGCGACAUACUCUCGAGAUGUGGAGAGUUAUGAACUCAGAAAUACUCGACACAGCCAUGAAUUUGGGAGCCUGUGUUGGGUCCUCUCGUAUAGUAGAUCACACAGGCUUGCUUGCGAAUGCUUUUUUCGCUGCGAUCAGCAUAUACCUUUCAGGAGUAUAUGACUAUAGCAUAACGCUUUGGCGCAACUGGGAUAUCCUUGUCCCAACCCUUUCUAAGGAGGAUGUCCAAUGUCACGUGCAUACGAUUUUGAGCUCGGUGAGCCUCGCAAUGGAGCGGACAAAUAUCUCACAUCUACUGUACCUAUUUCCUCUCAGGGUGGCUGGUGCAAGAUGUGUCGAUGACUGGCAGCGCAAUCAGGUUCGGACACUCUUAAGAAGGGUUGGAACCAACUUUGUUGUCGCGCGGGCGUUUGAGACCGAGCUAAACAUGCUAUGGGGCCAUAAAUAA